AUGAUUUUAUCAUUUUCGGUGGCAGCAAAGCCUUCCAUCAUUGGGAGAAAUAGGAAACAAUGUUGUACAAUAAGGUCGGAGGUAACCAUUGCUCCCAAACAAAGAACAGAGAGCAUGUUUCCACAGUUGUCAAAACAAGGAGUUCCACUUGCCGAUUUACGUGUGCAAGAGGUUGUUCAGAGGCAGUUUCACAGAGCUCAUUACCCUACUAGUAGUACUAGUAUGCCACAGUUCGACCCCAAUUUUCUCAACGAUGCCAAUGAAAUGUGCAGAAAGAUCUGUGCCGAAUAUGCCAAGACCUUCUAUCUAGGAACUUUGCUUAUGACGGAAGAAAGACAGAAAGCUAUAUGGGCAAUUUAUGUUUGGUGCAGGAGGACGGAUGAAUUGGUUGAUGGCCCUAACGCUGUGUACAUGAACUCUGGUGUUCUUGAUAGAUGGGAAGAUAGAUUGCAUGACAUUUUCAAUGGACGCCCCUAUGAUAUGCUUGAUGCUGCUCUUACUGAUACAGUCUCCAAGUUUCCCUUGGAUAUUAAGCCUUUCAGGGACAUGAUAGAAGGAAUGAGAAUGGAUACAAGGAAAACCCGAUACAGAAAUUUCCAAGAGUUAUAUCUUUACUGCUACUAUGUGGCGGGAACUGUUGGGUUAAUGAGUGUUCCAAUAAUGGGUAUCGCCCCUGAGUCACACAUCCCUGCUCAAAGUGUAUAUAAUGCAGCACUGUAUCUGGGUAUUGGAAAUCAACUCACAAACAUUCUUAGAGAUGUGGGGGAGGAUGCAUUAAGAGGCAGAGUGUACAUUCCUCAAGAUGAACUUGCCCAGUUUGGUUUAUGCGACGAGGAUGUUUUCUCAAGAAAGGUCAGUGAUAGAUGGAGGGAGUUUAUGAAACAGCAGAUUACAAGGGCAAGAUUCUACUUCAACUUGGCAGAAGAAGGAGUUUCUCAGCUUGAAAAGGCAAGCCGUUGGCCGGUUUGGUCCUCGUUAAUAUUGUAUCGUAAGAUCUUGGAUGCAAUUGAGGACAACGAUUACGACAAUUUGACAAAACGAGCCUAUGUAGGUCGAACUAAGAAAUUUCUGACGUUGCCUCUGGCUUACACUAAAUCUCUCUCAAAUCCCAAAAUUAAUAAGGCUUAUCUAGCAAGUUAA